UUAGAAGAAAUUUUUAUGAUGCCUACACCACAAUUUCGUAACAAACAACCACAUGAGUCACAAGGAGUCCAAAAUAAUGAACAGAUGCGAUCUAACAAUGACAGCAAUGAACUAGAAUUUGAAGCCGAGGAUGAUGAUAAUGUGGAAGAGCAGGACGAUGAAAUAGAUAUGGGGGAUGAGAUGAUUUUUGACAAUCCGCCCGCUCUCCAGUACGUAAGAACUAAGAUUGUGCGAGCCAUUCCACAGAACAGAGUGCAAAAGGAUGCAGAUGUUGGCUUCCUUCCAAACCAGGUGUAACUAUUAUUGGCAAAGCUAUUAUGAGUUCAUUUAGAGAAGCAUGGCCUACUUGGUGUUCUGUGCCUCAAGAAGUCCGAGACAGGUGGUGGAUGUUUUUCAAGGAACGUUGCACAUGGGAUCCCCGAGACGAUGUACAAAUGAGAAAAAAUUGGCAUGAAAAGGGUGGAAAACAUUUAAGUGAUAUGCUAGGUGAAGUAAGGGUCUCAAUGGAACAACCCCAGUGGAUAGGAGAUGCUGCAUGGAAAGGACUUGUUGCUUAUUGGUUCACAGACGAGUAUGCUAAGAAAUCUGCACAAGCAAAAGCAAAUCAAGCAUCAGAUAAGGGUGGAGCACUUCACACUACUAGGCCUAUCCCCCACAUUGAAGUGGUAGAAAAUCUGGCUCUUGAUCUUAACCGUACAAUAGACCCUGAUGAGAUGGUUUACGUAACACGUCGACGUAAGGAUGGGAGUUGGGUUGAUGACCGCUCAAAGGAGACAUAUACUGCAUACCAAGAGAAGAUCAAAGAGAUUUCAUCUCAAGGCUCGACAGAUGAAACCCAAUCUAUUGAAGUUGAUAAGUUGACAAAGUUACGGACAUGGUCUGAAGUUGUUGGUGGCAAGAAACAUGGGCGUGUAUUUGGUACGGCGGGCUUCUCUUCUACUUUUUCACGUGCAGGGGCAUCUACGGCUUUCUACACUUCUCAAGAUGCUAGCUAUGGAGCUUGUAAUCUAUCCGCUGAACAAUUGCAAAAGGAGAUGGAUGAUAUGAGGGAGAAACAAGCAGAACAGAGUCGACUACAAGAGGAGAAAAUUAAAAAGUAGGAGGAAGAUUUAACAACUAUGCGCAGUACCAUCGACGCUAUGUUUGCUCGCAUCAAUGCUAUUGAGGCAUCGCAAGGUACUUCAUCGCCCACAAUGCGUACUCGUGAUGAACGUAGGGAUGAGUUCCAUCGACGACGUUAAUGAUGUGAUGCUUUCUUAUCUUUGACUUAAGUGGUGUAAGAAUUUGAUUUACUAACUUGUUUCAUCUUGAUGAAUGUUUUUGUGUUCUUUUGAAGAUGGUUUUUGUUUUACAUUGAGAAGUGUUUAAUUUAUGAACUAUUGCAUUUGGAAUG